CCCUGCGGAAUGCCGGCAAAUCUUCGACCCGCGACAAAUGGCAGUACCCUCGAGGACUGGAAGGUGUUCGAAGUGUUGUGCGGCCCGGAAAACGGCUUCAAAACCCGCCCGGGUACGUCGAUGUCGCCAGCUCAUAAGCCCACGUUUCCAUCUUACCAGUUGGAUACAUCCUGUGGCACUGCGGGAAUAUCAGUAACCGAGCAUCAUCAUGGGCUGGACAUAACUACCACCUUGCGUAGUGAACUGGCUGCUUUAUCCUACAAGAAGGAAAGGUUAACUGGAGAGGUGACUAUUCAAAUUAUAGUGGUAGUAUUCUAUAUAGAAUAUAUAUUUUUCCGACAGCUUGCGGAAACACGAACGGCUUUGUGCAGCAAGGAUGCGGACAUCGAGAACCUACGUUCACAGGCAGCCAGGCAAACGGCACUCAUCGGAUCGCUCCAGAGCCGACUCCAAAAUGCGGAGAGUCGUGAGCAGGCGGUGCAGGCCAGGUGCGAUUCCACCAUCCAAACAGUACAGCGGGAGAAGCGCAGCUCCGACGAAAGAAAUAAGGAGCUCAUCUGCAAGAUCCAGCAUCUGGAGUCGCAUGUGGCCACCGAAGAGUCCCACAAGGAGCAGGCUCAGGCCCAAUUACACGACCUUCUGCGGCGCCUGAGCAUCAGCCUGGGAUUGGGGGGAGAUGUGUGCGAGGGCGGCCCAAAGAAUGUCCAUGCCACGCCAGAGUGCAUAGUAUCGCGGGCCGAGGAGGUGAUGGUGGAGCUGCAGCGGGCCAAGGCCAAGGUAAGCUCCACAUGCGACACCCUCAGCUCCUGCGAGAAUGAGCUGCUCAACCUCAAGUCCUUGGCCAACAUCGAGAAGCAGCGUCUGACAGCCCAGUUAGAUGGGGCUGGAAACCAUAAUCACGAGCUCGAAGGACGAUGUCGGCAGUACGAACGGGACCUCCAGAUCCAGAGGGAUCGUCUCACGGAGUCCGAGAUCAACGGGGAGAAGCUCAAGGAGGAGUUACGGGGCUUCGAGUCACGCUGCCAUAGACUCCAGAAUAACCUGGACAGGAUCCAGGGCGAUCGGCUGCAGUUCUUGAGGGGACUAAGCAACCUGCUCAACGUUCCCGAGCCCUGUGAGACCCUCAUAAAAGAGAAACUUAGGGAAACUCUAGGAGAGAAUCAGGCUAUGCAAGCGCAAAUGCAUUCCCUCCGGGAUCAGCUGUCUUCGGAGCACGAGAAGCUUAAGGAGACUCAACAGGCGACCGAGUGUCGCCUCCGCUCCGGCGAGGCACAAAAAUGUGAGCUCUCGGAGCGACUGGAGAAGUGCCAUGCAGAGAUUCACACGCUGCGAAAGGAUCACAUGGGCCUUUCGGAGUUCCUACAACGCCUGGCCACAGCCAUGAACUGGAGUGAGUGCUCCGCCCCGCCUGCUUUGGGCGCGGACACCAAUCUGAUGGCCGAGAGUCUGCUGGAGCGGGCCGAGCGAUUGACGGCCCACUGCGAGCACGAGGUGGCUCACCACCACCACCAUCACCACUCACCGGAAAAGGGCGGUUGCUGUGACCACGCACACCAUGGACAGGGGAAGUUGCGUCGAGAGAGGUCGUGCCACGACAUUCCUCUUAAGGAGAGCAGCAGUGUGUACAAUCUUCAGCGCAGGGUGCGGGUUCUCAGGGAGCAGGUACAGCGACGUGACCUCCAUCUAGAGCUGCUGCGCCGAAAGUUGGCCAUCAUCGAGGACGGUGCCCGUGGAAAGUGCAUGCUACAGGGCGAGCGGGAUGAUGCGGUGUGCCGCGCCAAGAAGGCUGCCAAGCAGGUGGACAAGCUAAGCGCCCAACUAGCGGAUGCCCGAUCCCAAAUCGCCGAGGUGAAGGCCCAGCUUGCCGAGGCCGUGGAGUACAAGAUCACCUCGCUAGAGAGGGCACGCAAGAUCGACGAGCUGACCACCCAAAUGUGUGACUUGGAGGACGAGAAGACCCGGCUACUGUCCCAGCUUAAUGCAAUGAAGGAGCGCUUGAAGUCCUCCUGUGAGUCCAACCAGAACCGCAGGUGCCGCGAUGAAGCGUUGAUUAAUUCCAUGCGCGACGAUGUAAACCGCCUGAGCUCGCAGCUCUCGGAUGCCAACCAGCGCCUGUCCCACCUGCAGUCCUUCCGCACCUCUGUGGCAAGGACUCUGCACCUGAGAGAUCUUCCAGAAACCGAUCUGCUACACCGCCUCCAGGCCCUGUGCUCAGCCCAUCAGGAGUUCACGCUUUUGUCGAAACGUUAUGAGGCCGCCUCGCCCGUCGGGGAUCAUCCGUGCCCCAGGUACGACGACCCCAUACCCCCCACCGCCCACUGCCGACCUCCUAGAGAGCUCAGUCCGCCGUCCUUCCUCCACAAGACCCCCACUCACCAUCCGUCAGAGCACCAUCAUGGAUCGAACAGCCACAUCCACAAUCACAGUGGUCACGGGCAUGGUCACGGACAUAGACAUGACUCCAUAUCAGGUUCCCAUGCCAGACGGCAGCGCAGCAAGAGCAGGGACAAGCGGCUCCACGACGAGUGCUUCGACUCGGAUGUGCAUCGUCUGCACCACGGCUGCAAAGAGGAGCUACUGGCCACCGGAUCAGAGGACGACUUCGACUUCAAGAGCAAGUACUGUUGAGAGGACAUAGGAAACCAAACCCAUUCGCAAUGCAUUUAUAUUUUUUCUGAAUAAACUGCUAAUCAAAAUU